CGAACCCCGCCGGAAGUGGGCGGAUCACCACUGCCUCUCAGAGAGCUCAGCGCUGGGAUGAAGGAGCGCCGGGGACAGUCUCGCGGCUGAAGAGGAGGAAUCUAAAACACUCACACACACACACAGCCUGUACACAAUUAUACACACUCACACACACUCUUAUAUACACACACGCACUCAUACACACAAACACCCGGACUCACACCGGUCCUUCCCAGCUUCCCAGGCCGCAGUCGGGCGCUCCGCAGUGGGCAGGGCAACGGAACAGGAGCCGGUGAUCCAGCAGCACCGCAAAGAUGAUGGAAGAAAUCGACCGAUUCCAGGUCCCGACCGAGGCUGAGAUGCAGGCCCUGGACCCAGCGUCAUCCACUGCCUCUGAGGCCGACUCGGACACAAGAGAGAGCGAGCCGGCCACCCUCAACUACAAGCCCUCGCCGCUGCAGAGGAAAAUAGAGAAACAGCGAGAGAUGGCCAGGAAGGGUUCACUGAAGAACGGCACGACCGGGAGCCCUGUCAAUCAGCAGCCCAAGAAAAACAACGUCAUGGCCAGAACACGGCUGGUGGUUCCCAACAAAGGCUACUCCUCUUUAGACCAGAGCCCAGACGAGAAACCCUUAGUAGCUCUAGACACAGACAGUGAUGAUGACUUCGACGUGUCCAGAUACUCUUCGUCGGGAUACUCCUCGGCUGAGGUGAGGUCACUAAGGGAACAGCAAAUAAACCAGGACCUGAACAUCCAGCUGCUGAAAGACGGCUACAGGCUGGACGAAAUCCCCGACGACGAAGACCUGGACCUCAUCCCCCCCAAAUCUGUCAACCCCACCUGCAUGUGCUGCCAAGCCACGUCUUCUACCGCCUGUCAGAUCCAGUAAAACACCUCUCUAGCUGUCUGUCUCUCUCUCUCUCUCUCUCUCUCUC